GAUUAGUUAAUGAAAACAAAAUUAUAUUGUUUUGACUAUGUGUAGUACAAACUGGUUGUCUUAUUGUACAUUGGAAUAUAUAGUGUUUUGCAUCUCUAUAAGUAUGUUUUUAACCAGUUUCAGCAGCAUCUUGAAAAGUCAACGCUUGUCAUAUUUACUAAUAUAAAGAAAACCAAAUGCGAUGGACGAGCCUACAAAGUGGUCUUGUAAUGAAGUCAGUAACUGGUUGACAAAUAAUGGAUUUCAAAAAUACUGUCAAUUAAUCUGUGUUGAACACCAAAUUGAUGGACAAGGACUUUUAAGUUUAACGGAAAAUGAUUUAAAACAAUCGCCAAUAGAAAUACGGGUACUAGGUGAUGUAAAACGAUUGACCCAUUUGAUAAAAUCAUUGAAAACAAAGUGCGUUGCAAGAAGCAAUGGAACGGUUUUGUACAAUGGGGUUAUUCCGAUGCCACGACAGACCUCUUUACAGAUGGUGGAAAGAAUCAAUGCACCAACAGAUUUUUCAGACAUUGAAUGUAACGAAUUCGAUCGUAACAUCACACAUCAUCCCAGGAACUUAGAUCCUGAAAAGGGCAAGGCUGCACUUGCCGUUUGUUAUAUGAUAUUUGGACUAAUGUGUACCUGUUAUUCUAUAGUGGUCGUACAGUCCAAAGCACCGGACCAACAGAAACACCCACCUUUACCCGACAUAUUUUUGAACUCCUUUCCUCAAAUAUCAUGGGCAUCUAAACUUUCAGAAGGAGCAGUUUUAUCUCUUAUGGUGAUAUGGAUUAUUAUUGCUGUUUUAAAUAAGCACAGAUGGAUUCUGAUGCGUCGCACUUUUUGUUUGUUGGGCACUAUGUAUUUACUCAGGUGUGUAUGUAUACUGAUCACCCAGUUACCAGUACCAGAAACAAAUGUCAUAUGCGAUAGAAAGAAUUACACUGAUUUUUUGUCCCGAGCAGGAAGAACUUUAGAGAUAUUUUUUGGUGCUGGUUUAAAAGUAUCUGGUCUAAAAACAUGUGGAGAUUACAUGUUUAGUGGUCAUACCGUCUCAAUGACGAUGUUCAAUUUCUUCAUAACAGAAUAUACACCGAAGAAGAUGUGUUAUAUACAUAUACUUUCAUGGAUUUUAAAUUUGGGCGGAAUGUUUUUCAUAUUAGCAGGCCAUGGGCAUUAUUCCAUUGAUGUGUUUGUAGCGUUUGUUUUUACCUCACGUUUGUUUUGUUAUUAUCACACACUGGCGAACAAUAUUAAUCUUAUGUCAAGAGACUCCAAGAGGACUAAGAUAUGGUUUCCAGUAUUUUCAUAUUUUGAGGCAAAUUCAACCGGAGUUGUUCCUUUAGAAUUUGAAUGGCCAUUUUACUCGUGGACAAACAUAAAGAAUUAUCUUAGGGGAUACGAAAUAGUCUCCUCAAAGGAGAAAAGUUAGCACUUACAAUUUGUGUUUUCAUUAUCAAAUAUAUAGAACUAUUAAUUGCCUUAUAAGACUGACAGAUUGAUGUUAAAGUCGCAGGGUAUUGAAAGAUUGCUGUUACAGUCGCAGGGUAUAGACAGAUUGCUGUGGUCUACAUAUUACCUCAUGAAAGUGACACACUGCUGCAAUAGGUUACAGAUUACCUCGGGAUUCUGACAGGCAGCCGUGGUAGAUAAACGGGACUUUGGCUGGCAGGGUUUUAAUUGAUUCAACUAGAACAGGAUGUAAGAACUACAAUCGGUACCAAAACAUUUAUAAGUUAAUAAGAUAGAAUCUGCAUUUAUUUUUUAUGUUAAUUCGUCUAGUCAUUAUUCUGACAAAGUAAUGUCCAGUUACAGCAAGUAUAUAAUAUAACCGUUGUCGAACUGCGAACUAUUAUAGAGUAUUUCAAUGAUGGGUGGUUGGUGGAUAAUUAGGGGUUAUUUCACUUUGGUUUUGUAAAUAAUAUAUUAGCCUUAAAUCGUUCAAAAUGGCAAUAUGGCAUUCUUUUUUUCUAAAAUCAUGCCCCUGCACCAUCUGAAAAACUGUGGAACCCCCCCCCCUCUAAAACAUGACAUAUUGUAAAUAUUGUUUUCAUUCAUUUUUUCCAUAGAAGUCAGACGAAUGUCAUUCAAAUGAUUGAGAAUAUUUUAAGGUUAACUUGUGGCAUCAAUCUCUAUAAGAUUAUAUUUUAAGGUUAACUUGUGGCAUCAAUAUCUAUAAGAUUAUAUUUUUUGAAUCCUCUCAUUCAUUUCAUUCAUUCAUUUAAUAUAAAUUUUAUUUUUCUAAUGAUAGACCGAGACUUUGCAAUUGUGCAUCUAUACAUUGUUAUAAAUGAAAUGUGCCUUUGCGUUCUAAUGUGUUCCGUUUGAUAUUAGCCUUCAUUUUUAUUUCAUAACACACAUACUGUGUAUUCAUGUUAUUGUAAUUCAUUCAUGAAGUGACAAUUAAUAAAAUUAUUUAUUUUUUA